UUCAACCGACGCUUUCACCCGUACCCUACGCUCAGCCAUUGUCCACUCACGAUUGGUCCCUUGUUUUGACGAAUUGCAUACCUUAGCGCUGUGCAUCUCUCAGCCAUACAAAUCAGUGCACCCUCAUUGUCGUUCCCUUCAGUUGAUCCCACCCUUGUCCUCGGGUAUCACUAUCUCUUUACAACCACAAGCAAAUGCAUCCUUCUCGCUUGAUGCCUACAACGCGGUGCGCCCUGUCUCCAAAUGACGAGCCCCUUGACCUCCUCUGUCGCAAAUUCAACGUUGCCAAGGUGACUCUUCCACCUGGCUCUCCCAUCCCGCCAACGAUCGACAUGCGAGUCAUCAAAGAUGCGCAUGUACCUUCUCACGUACUUGCCGUCUUCGAUACCCAAGACAACGAGCGGGGGCCUUCGUUUCAGCCUAUCAUUGUGCCCAUCCGUGCCGACCUCUACACCAGAGAUUUCCGAAAAAAUAUUAUCCCACAAAGUCCUCCCGGCACUCCUUACCCAAUACCCCAUUGGAUUACUAAUCUGGGCGGACAAUACGUUACGCUUCCCGUUGUCCCAACUUUGGUACCCCACGCGUCGUCGAUACCAUUGUUGUUACUAUUUGCAUUGGGCCUCGAACCGCGGUCACAGCUUCUUUACUGCCGGUUGCUACCCAGCGAAGUCAUCGAAGAAUUUCCUGCUUUCCCUGCGAUGGCUCAGUCGAUGGCACGAUUGUGCGCCGAUGACCAGUUGAUCAGCCACAUCCGAUUCAACCAGGGGCUAUGGAGGAAUAUUCUGGCGUUGGGGCCCCGUGACAUUGAAUUUAUCCAGGUGGUUCAGACGGCGUGGAAUGCGACAGUCGAAGCUCGCCGCAUCCGGCAGCUUGCUGCUGUGGCAAGGACUCCAAACAUCUAGCGCCUGUUUUAGGGCACGCGGGGGAUGGAGCAUGGGCCCUUCUCGAUUUCCCACCGAUUUUUCUCACUCCCCUUCUCGAUAUACUUAUGUGAAAAACGGCCCUAAUGAUCAUGACUUACAACAGCAUAAUUCGCAUAUACAGUGCUAAUUUUUUGUCCGUUUUUAUUCCACUAUUACCGGUAGCUGAUAUAUCUGAUAUAG